AUGCCCUAUAUUGAAGAAAGAGAUAUUCUUACGGCUCUUAGUCAAGAUGCCUCGAUGCCUAUUGCAAUCGUGGGCGUCUCCGGCAGGUUUCCCGGAGAUGCCACAACCCCAGGCAAACUCUGGGACAUGGUGACUGCGAAGAAGAGCGCACGAUCUGACGUUCCAGAGAAUCGGUAUAACAUAGAUGCCUUUUAUCACCCUAGCGCCGAUCACCAGGGAAGCACGAGUGCCAGGAGUGGCCAUUUUUUGAAGGACGAUGUUGCGGCCUUCGAUGCCCCUUUCUUUAAGAUAACGGCACAAGAAGCCCAUGCUAUGGACCCUCAACAAAGAAUGGCACUGGAGCUGUCUUAUGAAGCUUUAGAAUCUGCUGGUGCUAGAAUUGAAGACAUCUCAGGGUCAGCGAUGGGCUGUUACAUGGCCUGCUGUGUUAGAGACUAUGCUGCAAUCCGUGCCAUUGAUCCAGAUGAUUACCCUCGAUAUGAAGCCAACGGUAGCAUGGGCACUGCCAUGAUCGCCAAUAGGAUAUCUUGGUAUUUUGAUAUUAAAGGGCCGAGUAUCAGUUUAGAUACUGCUUGCUCGUCGUCUCUUGUGGCUCUACAUCUAGCUUGCCAAAGCAUUCGCACGGGGGAGACUAAAUCAGCUCUUGUUGGUGCUACCAAUUUGAUAUUAAUGCCGCACACAUCAAAUCACUUAAGUACACUAAGCUUUUUAAGCCCAGACGGAAAGUCGAUGGCAUUUGACCAUAGGGCAAAUGGAUAUUCUCGUGGAGAGGGCGUCUCUGUUAUAGUCGUAAAAUCGCUUGCCGAUGCUCUUAGAGAUCGCGAUGUUAUUCGUGCGGUUAUCAGGGGCACAUCGGUAACACAAGAUGGAAGAACGCCAGGGAUUAAUCUUCCUUCAUCUGAGGCCCAAGAAGCUUUAAUUAGAGCAGCUUAUGCUAACGCUGGAUUAAGCCCUGCGCAAACGGGGUUCUUUGAAGCUCAUGGGCCGGGUACACCAGCUGGAGAUCCUCUGGAAGCAUCUGCGAUUGGAGCCGUAUUCGGGAAAACUCGAAAACCAAACGAUCCCUUGUACGUUGGCUCUGUCAAGUCUAAUAUCGGACACUUAGAGGCAGGCGCUGGUAUAGCCGGCCUCGUGAAAUCCAUAUAUGCCCUCGAAAAGGGGCAAAUCCCUCCAAAUAUCUGGUUCGAGAAAGCGAACCCUAAACUGGAAUUGGAGAAAUGGAAUUUGGCAGUACCUACCGAACUCCUUCCAUGGCCUACGGAUGGGUUGCGGAGAGCUAGUAUCAACUCAUUUGGGUACGGUGGGACUAAUGCUCACUGUAUCUUGGAUGAUGCUUAUCACUAUCUCCAGGAUCGCGGACUUGCCGGGCGGCACAAUACUGCGACAACGGUGCCGGGCCGCAGGAUUGAGCAUUCUGCAAGUGCGCUAAUGUCGCCGAUAACCGACACUUCGUUUAUUAGCUCGGAUGGUUCUGAAAAUGCGAGCGUAAACGGAAGGGCAUCUUCUGUUUCCGAGUUCACAGACUUUGAUGAGAGUCCAGCCACCCCUCAGCUGCUGGUCUGGUCCUCGCACGAACAGAGUGGAAUCAGUCGAACCGCAACAAGCCUCCAGUCUUACCUUAAAGAGCAGCCAAAGUCGCCAGUAUACGAGAUAACGUUCUUGAAACGACUGGCAUAUACCUUAUCCAGCCGGCGUAGCAAGCUGUCGUGGUCGUCGUUUAUCGUGGCAUCCAACGUGGACGAAGCGAUAAAAGCUCUUGAUAUCGCGAAUAAACCUCUGAGGCCCACUCUGAAUCUUUCGGCGGUGUUCGUAUUCACGGGCCAAGGCGCCCAAUGGUUUGGGAUGGGUCGUCAACUUCGCGCAUACAGAACAUACAACAACAGUUUAAUAGAGGCAACGGCUCAUCUCAAGUCACUUGGAUGCGAAUGGGACUUGUUGGAAGAGCUCGACGCUUCGGAAGCCGAUUCGCGCAUCAAUGAGCCUCAGAUCAGCCAACCUGCGUGCACUGCAGUCCAAGUAGCGCUAGUCGAUCUUAUUAAGGAAUGGGGAAUACUCCCAUCCGUAACCGUCGGCCACUCUAGUGGGGAAAUAGGCGCUGCCUACGCUAAGGGGGCUAUUUCACGUCAGUCCGCAUGGACAAUUGCGUACCAUCGAGGGCGCCUAUCUGCUGGGCUGUCAACACCAGGGGCUAUGCUCGCCGCUGCAAUGGGUGAGGAUGAGGCUCAGACUUAUAUCGACAAGGUCACUGUAUCACCAAAACCGGUGGUUGCUUGCAUUAACAGUCCUAUCAGCGUUACAAUAUCUGGUAGUGUAGAUGCCAUCGACGAAGUCCAAAAGUUGAUAGGCACUCAGGCGUGGUGCAGAAAACUCCUAGUCAAGACAGCGUAUCACAGUCCCUUUAUGCAGGAGCUCGCCGAACCAUAUCUCCAGUCCCUCGAAGGCAUCCAAGCCGACCCAAGCACGAGCGCAGGAGUUCGCAUGUUCUCAUCAGUCACAGGAGAAGAAAUUAGCGAUGAAGCGUUGAGAAACCCUCAGUACUGGGUGGAUAACAUGGUUUGCUCCGUCAAGUUCAACCAUGCGGUUAAGGCAAUUCUGAACUCUCCAGAACUCCUCGACAAGUCAAUCGUGAUGGUAGAGAUCGGGCCUCACGGCGCAUUACAAGGCCCAAUUAAACAGAUCCUACAAGCACAAGAGGGGAAGAAGCAGGACGUCCAUGCGCUCGGUCUUUUAACACGAAAACAAGAUGCUAUCCACACUACACUCACCGCCGCUGGUGCUCUUUACCAAAGAGGGUUUUCGGUUGAUAUCACCAAGGCGAAUCAUCUCGAUCCUACAGAGGAGCUCCCCACCCACCUAGUAGAUUUGCCACCAUUCGCGUGGAACCACAACUCGAAGUAUUGGUACGAGACAGCCCUUUCGGCGGCCUACCGGAACCGAAAGUUGCCCAAACAUGAUCUGCUCGGUGUGAGAUAUGAAUUCUCUAACGAUAACGAGCCGUGCUGGCGUAAUUACCUCCGUCUCUCCGAGGUCCCCUGGCUCAGGCAUUAUGUGGUCCAGGGCAAGCCGAUUCUCUCCUUUUCGGGUGUACUAGCCAUGGUUAUCGAAGCUCUUCGUCAGACCUCCGAACCAACCAAGACGAUAGAAGCUUUCCAGUUACGCGAUGUUUUUCCCGGGGCGCCUCUUGUUCUAAGCGAAGCCGAGGACAGUCCUGUUGAGACCAAGCUGCAGCUACGACCUUGGCGAUUGGCAUCGAGAUCCUUGACGACAUAUUGGAAGGAGUUCACUCUGUCUAGCCGCAAUCGGCAAGGCGACUGGACGCAACAUAGCACAGGUCUUAUCAAGUUGAAGUAUGCCGCGGAAGACAAAACCUCAGGUUUCAUAGAUGAAGAGGCAUCGAUAGCUGAGAGUUAUCGCGCCGAGUACUCGCGUAUAUUAGCUCUACCAUUGGAGGACCGCAGCACAGCAAACUUUUAUGAGAAGUUCACCAAGCUCGGAAUGCAAUGGGGCCCAACAUAUCAGACGUUGGUGGACUCGCAAGCUGCAGGUACCACUAUCUGCAGCACGCUGCAGAUCCCCGACACGAAAUCGAUCAUGCCUAAGAACAUCGAGUCUCGGCACAUUGUCCAUCCGGCAACACUUGAUGGCGCAUUCCAGAUGCUGAUGGCCUGCGACGGAGUAGUCAAGCCUACAGUCGCUAAGUACAUCGAAAGAAUCCAAAUCUCAGCCAAGCUGCCGACCCUGGAAGGCACUCGCCUUAAGGGGUUCGCUGACAUCAAGGAGAGACGCUUUGACGGAACUAAUGGCACGGUCGUGAUCUCAGACGAGAAAUGGCAAGAGCCCCUGAUCAUCUUCGAAGGGCUGAAAUCGACAGACUUCGCUGCUGAGACGGAAUCCACCGAGGACACCGAGGCUCAGAUUAAGGCCCUAAAGAAACUGGGUGCCUACCCGACAUGGGAUAUUGAUGUCGAAAACUCGGUUGACGCUACUGUGGGUCUGCUCAAGAAGACCUGCGCUGGCGCACCUCAGACCGAGUAUUCGGUGGUCUAUGACCUCGAAUGGGCGGCUUACAUCGUGUGCAAGAGAGCCAUCCAACGUUUCAGCGUAGGCGACAUCGAGAAGAUGGCACCCCACUAUCGGAUCUACUAUAAUUACAUGAAGAGGCAAUACGAACUCGCCAAGGCAGGAAAGUUGCCUUGUCAGUCUCCCGAAUGGGCUUCAGCGAGUGAGACUGUUGAGAAUGAGGUCCUAGCUCGAGUUUCUAAAGCAAGUCUAGAAGGAGAGAUGAUGUGCCGCAUCAACGACAAUAUCUCUAGCAUGAUGCUAGGCGAGGUAGAAGCAUGGGAGGUGAUGAGCCGUGAUAACCUGUUGAACAAUAUGUACCGCUACGGUCUCUCCGACGAACGCACGCCCGCAAUCCAGUGUGAGUAUAUCAAGCGUCUAUCACACAAGAGACCUCUCCGCAUCCUCGAGGUCGGUGCCGGUACGGGAAGCGCCACGAGUCGAAUCCUGUCUAGUCUCGGGCCCAACUUCGCGGGUCGAUUACAGAAAUACACAUAUACCGAUAUCAGCGGCGUCUUCUUCGAGGCAGCCAGCGAAGAGUUCAAAGAGUAUAGCUCGAUGAUGGACUUUAAGGUCCUAGAUAUCGAGAAAGACCCAUCGCAACAAGGUCUGGAGGAAGGAUCUUACGACCUCGUGGUUGCCUUCCAGGUCCUUCACGCGACGUCGUCCAUUGGGACGACUUUGGCGAAUUGUAGGAAGCUACUAAAGCCGGGCGGACAUCUCAUUGUUACAGAACUAACAAACAAGAUCGCCAGACGGUCAGUGGUGUUUGGAGUUCUCUCCGGUUGGUGGCUAGGUGAAGACGACGGUCGGCAAUGGGGCCCAGAACUCUCUGAAGAGGAAUGGGACGCUCGUCUGCGCGCACAGGGAUUUACGGGCGUCGAUUGGUGUUUCCGCGACCGCGAGGACGCCGGUCAUUCGUCGUCUAUCAUGGCAUCAAGCGUCCCUUACGAGUCUAAAGGCGAAUUGCCUAGCAAGAUAGUGAUCGUUAAAUCACCAACAGAGAGUAACCAGUCGAAAUCGAUGGUCAGUGGGCUCUUGAGCGGACUCGCCGAAAACGGGGCUUUUGUUAAGCAGAUGUCGCUUCUCGAUGUUACCAAAGCUGACUUGACCGCAACGCGAUGCAUCGCAACCUUCGAACUCGACAAGCCGUUAUUGAGUUCAAUCAACGCCGAUGAAUACGAUGCUCUAAAGCACAUGGUCCUCCAUUCCGAGGGUACCCUAUGGCUAACUAGGGGUGGCACAUCCAUGGAUACGCGCGAGCCAGAGCUAAACAUGAUCGCAGGAUUCGCGCGAACGAUCCGUGGCGAAGCUCCAGAAGUCAAGUUUACGACGUUGGAUCUCGACCCAGACGUCCCUUGCGACCAACCACAAGUGACCCAGACAAUAUUGAAGGUACUCCGCUUGCAAGGAGAUGAGCACAAUGCCGACCACGAGUUUUCCGAGAGGAAUGGUGCCCUUAACAUUCUGCGCAUAAGUCCUGAUGAGGCCCUAAGCAGAAUAUUGAGCCCGGCCGAAAUUCGAGAGGAUCAGUUGGCGAUGCAGCCAAUUAAGCAGCCCGGCCGACCACUAAAGCUUGACCUCAAGGCUACGGGAGAACUCGAUAGUUUCUACUUCAACGAUGACGACGACUAUAUUAAGCCCCUAGGCGACCAAGAAGUCGAAAUUGAGGUGAAGGCUGUCGGAUUAGACCCUUAUGAUAUGGCCGUCGCACUAGGCCAGCUCUGGGACCCUAACCUUGGCGUCGAAUGCAGUGGUGUCGUAACCAGAAUGGGCAAAGGUGUCACUGAGUUUAGCGUAGGAGAUCGAGUGAUGACAUGCGCCAUGGGUUGGUAUAAGACGUUCAUUCGAAACACGCAGGACAUGUUCCAAAGGUUACCGAACACAAUGUCCUUCGAAGAGGGCGCAACUAUGAUGAUCUCCUAUGGCACUGCGGUCUAUAGCAUAUUUAAUGUUGCCAGGCUCCAAGCGGGAGAGACUGUGCUGAUCCACUCGGCAUCAGACUGCUUAGGCCAAGCUGCCAUCAGUGCAGCCCAGCACGUUGGCGCUGAGAUCAUCGCUACCGUUUCUUCGGAAGCAGAGAAGCAGUUCCUCGUCGAGCACUAUCACAUUCCUGGAGACCACAUCUUCAGUAAUAAAGACAAUGGUUUCGUGCAAGGGAUCAAGCGGAUAACGAAUGGCUUGGGCGUUCAGGCGAUCCUUAAUUCGUUGACUGGGGAGUUGCUAAGGGAAACUUGGCAUUGUAUCGCACCAUUCGGUCGAUUCAUCGAACUCGGAAUGAAAGAUAUCAGGAGUAACACGGGUCUGGACAUGGUGCCUUUCGCAAACAACGCAAUUUUCGCCGGUGUGAAUCUCUUAACCAUGUACCGAACGAACCGUCCACUAUUCAGCAAAGUGAUGGCCGAUGUCUUCCGAUACUACAAGAAAGGUGUCAUCAAACUCGUGAAUCCGCUACAUGUUUUCAAGUUCUCAGAGGUUUCCGAAGCAUUCAGGAUGCUGCAGGCAAGAAAACACGGAGGCAAGGUCGUUCUUCAAGUUGUCGACGAUGAUAAAGUGCCGACGACUCAUCCAAAGCCAGUUGAGAUCCAACUUCGCUCCGAUGCUACUUACAUCAUCCCAGGUGGAAUGGGCGGUCUCGGUCGAUCGUUGAUGAGGUGGAUGGCUGCAAAAGGAGCUCGCAAUUUAGUCGCCACGUCUCGCUCCGGUGCCAAGGAUCCCCGAGCACAACAAUUACUCAAAGAUCUUUCCGAGCUCGGGGUCAAGGCCAAAGCAUUUGCGGCAGACGUUGGUUGCAUGGAGCAAUGCCAAACAGUUCUUGAAGAAAUAGCAAAGGAGGGAUUCCCGCCGAUACGCGGGGCUGUCAUUAUGGCUAUGAAUGUCCAGGACUCGAUGUUCGAGACUAUGGGAUUCGACGCUUGGUGGGCAGCCUUAAGACCCAAAUAUAAGGUGACAUGGAAUAUGCACAACAUGUUGCCUAAGGACCUUGAUUUCUUCAUAACUAUGUCGUCGGCGGCGGGCCAGAUUGGCUCGAUAGCGCAGAGCAACUACAAUGCUGGCAAUACCUAUCAAGAUGCUGUGGUGCAUUACCGCCGAGCCCAAGGCUUGAAAGCAACAAGCAUCGACCUUGGCUGGAUGGGUGAGAUCGGAUUCGUCUCAGAGCAGGGGAAGGUGCCAGAGAUAGUGCGCGCCGGCGCGCCUCAACUCACGGCGAAGCAAUUCCUCGCCAUAAUUGAAGCGGCCAUGGCAGACCAAGUUAAAGCGCAGCCGGUUCUUGGUCUCGCUAGCGGUGGAUUGGUCAAGGCCAAUGGUGAUGACGACCCUUACUGGUUUACGGAUGCACGCUUCGCUCCGCUAAGUGUGUACGACACACAAUUACAGAAUGCUGCCGGUCCGAAAGACCACGCGAAGAGUACGGCGGCCGCGGAUUUCGCAAGUAUACUUGGGGCCGCGGCGAGCUUAGACGACGCAAAAGGUGCCGUCUGCUCGGCCUUGAUGGGCAAGCUUGCGAAGAGCUUGAUGAUGGAGCUUGAGGAUCUCGAUAGUGCCCGACCGAUCAACACGUAUGGAGUGGACAGUCUCGUCGCUGUCGAUAUUAGAGCUUGGGCACUUAAGGAGUUGCAGAGUGUGGUACAUGUUUCCGAGAUUUUGCGCAAUGUUCCAAUGGUGGAGUUGGCUGGCCUCAUUGCGUCGAAGUCGAAGCUUUUGCCGGAAACGCUGCGGGGCAGUCCAUCCGCGCAAGCAUAG